AUGGCGUCAUUGCCGCCACUACUCUGCCUCUUUGUCGCCGCCGCGCACCUGGCGGGGGCUCGAGUCACUACCCGCCCUGAGGAGCCCACAGCAACUGCCUGGGGCUUUGAAGGCCCAUCUCUGCGCCCCGGACAGCCCUCACCAGCCCUGGAGGAUUGGGAAGGUUGCAGCUCCAAGACCUGCAACUGUCCUGACCACAUCCUCCUGGGCUCGGUGGUCACCCCAUCUGGGCAUCCACUGCCAGGAGCCAGGGUCUCCUUGAGAGACUGGCCUGGCACUGUGGCCAUCACCGAUGCCCAUGGGACCUUCCAGAUUCCUGGAGUGUGUGCCAGCAGCCGGGCCAACAUCAGUGCCCAAAUGGAUGGCUUCUCUGCAGGCCUGGGCCAGGCCCAGGCCAAUGGCUCUAUCUCUGCUGUGGUCACUGUUGUCCUUAAUAAGUUGGAGAAACCCUACCUGGUGAAGCACCCCGAGUCCCGAGUGCGAGAGGCUGGCCAGAACGUAACCUUCUGCUGCAAAGCCUCAGGCACCCCCAUGCCCAAGAAAUACUCCUGGUUCCACAAUGGGACCCUGCUGGACCGGCGAGAACACAGGUAUGGGGCCCAUCUGGAGCUGCGGGGGCUGCGCCCAGACCAGGCAGGCACCUAUCACUGCAAAGCAUGGAACGAUGCGGGCACCGUGCGCUCGAGCAGCGCCCGGCUCACCGUGCUGGCCCCGGGCCAGCCAGCCUGCAAUCCCCAGCCCCAAGAGCAUCUGAUCAAGCUCCCAGAUGAUUGUGGCCAGCCUGGCAGUGGCCCCGCCUACUUGGACGUGGGUCUCUGCUCUGACACCCUCUGCCCCAGCCCUGCAGGCUCCAGCUCCCGGUGUGGGGACUCAGGGUCCCGCUGCUGCUCCGUUCGCCGCCUGGAGAGCAAGGAGAUCCACUGCUCCAACUAUGUCCUCCCCGUCAAAGUGGUGGCUGAGUGUGGCUGUCAGAAAUGUCUGCCCCCCCGGGGGCUGGUUCGGGGACGCGUGGUGGCUACCGACUCAGGGGAACCCCUGCGUUUUGCCCAGAUCCUGCUAGGCCGGGAGCCCAUUGGAUUCACAUCUUAUCAGGGCGACUUCACCAUCGAGGUGCCGCCCUCCACCCAGCGGCUGGUGGUAACUUUCGUGGACCCCAGUGGGGAGUUCAUGGACACUGUCAGAGUUCUGCCUUUUGCCCCUCGAGGUGGUGGCGUAUACCACGAUGUCAAAGCCAUGCGGAAGAAAGCCCCUGUCAUCUUAGAUGCCAGCCAGAGCAACACGAUCCCUCUUGGGGAGCUGGAGGAGGAGGACCCGUUGGGCGAGCUGGUCCUCCCGCCCGGAGCCUUCCGCAGAGCCGAUGGUGCACCCUACACGGGGGCCGUGGAGGCCCGGGUGACUUUCGUGGACCCCCGAGAUCUCACCUCGGCGGCGGCCGCCCCCAGCGACCUGCGCUUUGUGGACAGUGACGGUGAGCUGGCCCCGCUGCGCACCUAUGGCAUGUUCGCGGUGGACCUCCGCGCCGCGGGCUCGGCGGAGCAGCUGCAGGCAGGGCCGGUGGCCGUGCGUGUCAAUGCCGGCCAGAUCCACAUGGCGGGCCACGUGGAGGCCCUGAAGCUGUGGUCACUGAACCCUGACACAGGCUUGUGGGAGGAGGAGAGCGGCUUCCAGCGAGAGGGGUCAGCAGCCCCUCGGGUCCGCAGGGAGGAGAGGGUCUUCCUAGUGGGCAACGUGGAGAUCCGCGAGCGGCGUCUGUUCAACCUGGACGUGCCCGAGCGCCGCCGCUGCUUCGUGAAGGUGCGCGCCUAUGCCAACGACAAGUUCACGCCCAACGAGCAGGUGGAGGGUGUGGUGGUCACGCUGGUCAACCUGGAGGCUGCCCCCGGCUUCGCGGCCAACCCCCGUGCCUGGGGCCGCUUCGACAGCGCGGUCACCGGCCCCAACGGCGCCUGCCUCCCCGCCUUCUGCGACACGGACCGGCCGGACGCCUACACUGCCCUGGUCACGGCCACCCUGGGCGGGGAGGAGCUGGAGCCCGCGCCCUCCCGGCCCCGCCCGGACGCGGCCACCGUGGGCGUGGCGCAGCCCUACCUGGACAAGCUAGGCUACCGCCGCACCGACCACGACGACCCAGCCCUCAAACGCAACGGCUUCCGCAUCAACCUCGCUAAACCCAGGCCCGGCGACCCAGCCGAGGCCAACGGCCCGGUGUACCCGUGGCGCAGCCUGCGAGAAUGCCAGGAGGCCCCGGUGACCGCCAGCCACUUCCGCUUCGCGCGCGUGGAGGCAGACAAGUACGAGUACAACGUGGUCCCGUUCCGCGAGGGCGUGCCGGCCUCCUGGACUGGGGACCUCCUGGCCUGGUGGCCCAACCCCCAGGAGUUCCGGGCCUGCUUCCUCAAGGUGAAGAUCCAGGGCCCCCAGGAGUACAUGGUCCGCUCCCACAACGCUGGGGGCAGCCACCCGCGCACCCAGGGCCAGCUCUACGGGCUUCGGGACGCCCGGAGCGUCCGAGACCCCGAGCACCCCGGCACGUCCGCGGCCUGUGUGGAGUUCAAGUGCAGCGGGAUGCUAUUUGAUCAACGUCAGGUGGACCGGACGCUGGUGACCAUCACGCCCCAGGGCAGCUGCCGCCGAGUGGCAGUCAACGGACUCCUGCGGGAUUACUUGGCCCGGCACCCCCCACCCGCCCCAGCUGACGACCCGGCUGCCUUCGCCAUGCUGGCCCCGCUCGACCCUCUGGGCCACAACUACGGUGUCUACACGGUCACCGACCAGAGCCCGAGGCUGGCCAAGGAGAUCGCCAUCGGCCGCUGCUUCGAUGGCUCCUCUGACGGCUUCUCUAGGGAAAUGAAGGCCGAUGCUGGCACAGCUGUCACCUUCCAGUGUCGGGAGCCACCAGCCGGCCGGCCUAGCCUCUUCCAGAGGCUGCUGGAGUCCCCGGCAACAGCGCUUGGUGACAUCCGCAGGGAGAUGGGUGAGGUGACCCGGGCACAGGCUCAAGCCGCAGGUCCCCUCCGUACCCGCCGGGGCAGGGCCCGCCAGUGA